AUGUCGAAUAAAAGAAAAUCUUUCGCCACACCAAUAUCAAAAACAUUUACUAAACGACAGUCGUCAGUACCGGCUACAACAUCAAAAUUACCUAGAAUUCCUACCACAUCGAUUAAACAAAAAAAUGUUCUUGGGCGACCUAGAAUCAAUAACAACAUUACGGUUAUUGGUGAAAGAGACAGAAUAAUUAACAAAGCAGACGUUUCUGGCCCUGAAUUCGAAUCUAUUUACUGCCAGAUUGCUUACGGUAGAUUCUUGCGCACUAUGCUCGUAGAUUGCUUAGUUGAAGAAAAAAUAGAACGUGAAGAAACACAAAUGGACAUUCAAAUGGCUCAAUUAGCUGACAGAUUAAAAAAAACCAUGGAACAGCUAGACAAAACAAAUCGAAGAUUGAAGGAAAUAUCUUUUAUUGUUGAACAGAAAAGACUACUUAUUUUCGACGACAUAGGGAAGGUGAGUGGUUAUGCACGAAAAAUGCCGUCGACGUCGCGGUCGCGGGGCUCGGGCCGUGGACCGGAUGGUGCGCCACGGCCCCAAGUCAUAGCUCCCAUGUCGGAGCGGCAACAGUUAGCGUUAGUGAUGCAAAUUUCAUCUCAAGAUGCGCCUCCAGCCGCUCCGACUCCUGCAGAAGAACGAAAGCGAACCAGACAACAGCGUAACGAGCGUGGAGAAACACCCCUACAUGUUGCUGCCAUCAGAGGAGAUCAUGAACAAGUUAAAAAACUUUUAGAUCAAGGCCAAAAUCCAGAUGUUCCAGAUUUUGCUGGAUGGACUCCUCUCCAUGAAGCUUGCAGUUAUGGCUGGCUUCAAGUAGUUGUGGUCCUUGUAAAUGGAGGUGCUAAUGUAAAUGCUAAGGGUUUAGACGAUGACACACCACUCCAUGAUGCUACAACUUCUGGCAACCUAAAGAUGGUUAAGUUUCUUAUAGAACAUGGUGCUGACCCGUUUGUAAAAAAUAGUAAAGGCAAAACACCCUGUGACUAUGCUGCACCACAUAUAUAUGAAUAUCUACAAACAUUGGAAGAUAAUAACCCGAGAGCAGCUUACAUUGGACGAACAAGGGAUGACAGCGUCAAGAAGAGUGGCAAUGCAAGUAGCAAUAGCGAUAGCCAUAAGCGAAGUAGCAUGGAGGGGCUAGCGUCGGGUGAUCCCUUUGAUAGUAAAGAGGCCGCCUCCCAAGAGAAAAGCACCAAUUCUGAAGGGCGAGACGAGGGAGCGCAGUUGAGUAGCGGGGUAGUCUCUUCUACUCAAGACGAAACGGUUACUGGUACGAAACGGACUUACCCUGAUGAAGGACAAGAAGCAGAAGUUAAUGAGGAUGAUGUCUCCAAACGUAAGAAAAGGAAAGAGAACGAAGAAAAGGAACCGAUGGCGAAACCCGCUCCUGUUGCAAGAGGAGGACCUGGCCGGGUUCUUACUGGUAACAAGCCACCAGGACCAGCCAGCAAAACCGGCGCUGCACCUCUAGCCAAAAGUGGAGGCAAUCAAAAUGUGGGCAAAGGUGGUUCAGGAGGGUCUACCUCAGGAAAAGGAAGCAUGCAGUCCCAGGGGAAAGGUGGGGCUGGUGCAAAAGCAAAUACCCAGGGUCAUCAGAAGAAGGCCAUGUUGCGUGGAUCUGAUAAGGGAAAGUCAUCAGGUGGAGCAAAAUCUGGAUCACUAGGAGGCAAGCAGGACAGGAAGAGCCCAGUUGCUAGUCCGAAAGCUAAUCAAUCUAAAGAUAGUGGCGAUGGAGAUUCAGAAGAACAAAAGAGUACAGAAUCGGCACCAAAGGUUCCACCACUUAAGAUUGUUAUUCCAGGAGGCGCUUGUGGCUCUGGCAAUAGGAAUGAACAAGAGGGAGAUGGUGGCAUAGGACAAAGAGGUAGUGGCAAAGGUCGAGGAGGUGCAUCAACACUGCCCUAUGUUAUACCUUGCACUAGUAAUGAUACAGGUCAAACAUCUGACAGUUCUGAUGGUAAUUGUGAUGAUAAGAGGCUUGGUGAGGGUGGUAAGACUGGACAAAGAGUGCUUCGUUCACAUCGAACAAAUGAUGGAGAUAAGGAGAAAGAUAAGGAAAGAACAUCACCACAAACUGGAUCUAGUGGUGCCCAGAAUCAAGCCCUAAAUGCAAACAAGAGUCCCCCACCUUCAGGAUCUGGACAUGAUCAUGAGCAUUCAACUUCAUCUGGCAGAGCUGAAACAUCAGCAGCUCCUGGUCCUUCUGUAGAGUUACAUCCGAGGAAGCGUAAGAUCAAGGCGUCUAAGGACAGUCACUCGCGGGAGAAUAAGAGCGAAGCUUCACAGGAGAACAGCAGCCUGGCGCACAGCAUCAGCCACUCUAACCCCUACCAAAUGUAUAUUCACAUCCGUAAACAGAUUGAUCGCCGUCAAAAAAGUCUGUUCCCUGUGAAACCAAAACCACCAAAAGAUUUCAACAAGUAUCUUAUGAACCGUUGCACUUAUACGCUACAAAGUAAUGUCAAUCCUGAGCCACCAGUGGAAAUACCUAUCAACAUGCCUUCGCAGAUGGUUAAUGAAUUUCUAACCCAGGAGAAAGAGAGAACUCGCUUGCGUAUUCAACACCUCGUUGAGAAGGAGAAACUUGUGUUGGCUGUCGAACAAGAGAUAUUAAGAGUACACGGGCGCGCCGAACGCGCUGUGGCUAAUCAAGCUCUUCCAUUUUCGGUGUGCACGAUAUUACGCGACAAAGAGGUGUAUAACGUUCUGGCACUAGAUCAGGAAGAGAAGCGCAACGCGCAGCGCUCUCGAUGUAACGGCAGGCAGAUUAAUUCGUGGUUGCAGGAGGUCGACGAUAAGUGGGAGAAGAUCAAGGAAGGAAUGCUUCGACGUCAACACACUGAAGCAGAAACUUUGCACGCCGUACAAAUGAUGGGCUGGGAAUGGAAACUCAAAGAGCUAGGGAUGUGCGACUACAAGACCACGCCCAAAAUAGAUCCAACUCACGUGCCGCAGAUACACGUGUCGAAUUUUGAUUUGCCCGCUUGA